CUUGAAGUGCCUGCAACUCGGUAAACAGCACUGGAGGCUUGGACGCUUCCGGGUUGUCCUCUUCUUUUGUUUUUACUGCAGCACGUCUGUCAUAACAAUACUCACUGCCGCCACCUGCUGGUGAAUCCAGGAUUGCCUACAAGAAUCUCAGCCGCAAAAUGUCAACAUGGCAAGUAGAUUCUGUAGUAUUUUAUUUGAGCUGGUGGAUUCAAGAUUCAAGAGAGUUUUAUUGUCAUGUGCAUGGUAAAACAGCAGUUAUACCAUGCAAUGAAAAUCUUAUUCUGUUCAUUCUCCCAAGAAAAGAAAGAAAACACAAGAAAGAAUAAGAACAUAAGAAACAUAAACACAUAAACAUAUAUACCAAUAAAUUAAGCAACAACAGAAGAGACAUUAAUACAAGUAAAUAAUACAAAUAAAUAAAUAAAUAAAGUGCUAUGAGUGUGUGUGUGUGUUGCGUGUGCGAGUGCUUCGUUGAGAAGCCUGAUGGCCUGUGGGUAAAAGCUGUUUGCCAGCCUUGUGGUCCUGGACUUCAAACUCCUGUAGCGUCUGCCUGACGGUAGGAGUGUGAAUAAUGAGUGUUGUGGAUGUGUACUGUCCUUGAUGAGGUUGUGUGUUCUGCGUAGGACUCUAGAUUUAUAAAUGUCUUGCAGUGAGGGGAGGGCUGCCCCAACAAUGUUCUGUGAGGUCUUGAUCACCCGCUGGAGUGCCUUCCUAUCACGUGUUGUACAGUUACCGUACCAAACAGUGAUGGAGGCGGUAAGGACACUUUCGAUAGUGCAUCUGUAGAAGCAACUCAGGAUUGUGGUGGACAUGCCAAAUUUCCUCAGUCUUCUCAGGAAGUACAGUCUCCUUUGGGACUUCUUCAGAAUUUGUUGGGUGUUGUGAGACCAGGUGAGGUCCUCGCUGAUGUGUGUGCCAAGGAACUUGAAGGUUUUCACCCUCUCCACCUCAGUCUCAUCAAUAAACAGGGGUCUAUGCGGCUCCUUUUCCCUUGUUCUUGGGUCGAUGAUCAUCUCUUUAGUCUUAUCUGUAUUGAGAAGGAGAUUGUUAUCACGACACCAAGCUAUGAGGUCCGCCACCUCUCUUCUGUAUGAUGUUUCAACACCACCAGUGAUCAGUCAGAUGACUGUAGUGUCAUCUGCAAAUUUAAUGAUGCUGGUGUUGUUCUGGGAGGCCACGCAAUCGUAGGUGAAGAGCGUGUAGAGGAGUGGACUCAGCACACACCCCUGUGGGGUCCCAGUGCUCACAAUUCUUGAGCUGGAUGUGCGAUUGUGGACUCUGACUGACUGGGGUCUGCCUGUGAGAAAGUUAAACACCCAGUUACAGAGGGAGGGAGACAGGCCAAGUGUGAGGAGCUUAUUUGUGAGUUUGUGGGGGCAGACUGUAUUAAAAGCAGAGCUAUAGUCUAUAAAUAGCAUUCUGACGUAUGUGUCCUGGCCCUGUAGGUGAGAAAGGGCUGUGUGGAUGGCAGUGUUGACUGCAUCAUCCGUGGACCGGUUCUGGCGAUAUGCAAACUGUAGAGGGUCCACAGUUGCUGCCGGGAUGCUCUUUUUGAUGUGGGUCAUGACUAUUCUUUCAAAGCACUUCAUAACAAUAGGAGUGAGUGCUAUAGGGCGAUAGUCAUUCAAGCAGGUCACGACCAUUUAAAUUAAAUGUUUUAAAAUAUAUGUUGUUCAUAAGAGCAUAGAAAUGUGUCAGCAACAUCAACUGCAACUCUCGCAUUAAAAACACACAGGUAUGCUACCUGACCAGUAUUUCCUCUCAUCACUGAAGAAUUCAGGCCAUUUAAAAAGCAUAUCAGUCGGUGGGACACACAAUAGAUACGUAAAAAAAUAAAACUAGAAAAGUGAAGACUUAAAUGAAGUCAUCGAGCAAAACGCUAAUUAGUUAAUGGAAUGAAAUAUGUUCUACUUCUUUUUCUAUCCCCAUAAGAAAGAAGGUCACGGGUCACUGGUGAGAUGUAGCGACGAGAGAGGAAGAGAGAGCUGCUGCUGCAACUCAUAGGACCGCCCGGGCAGCAUACCACACUCCCUGAAUCUCCCUCUGCUCAUCAGCAGCCUCGCCUAGACGACACUUGUUGAUUUUCAUAUGCAAACACUGAUGGCAGACUUUGACAUGAGGCUACCAUGAAGAACAUAUAGCAUGUGAACUCCCGCUACUUGCACACUCCGGCGGAGGGAAAAGCUCAGGUGAGCGUGGAGGACGAAGAGGCAAGAAGUUCCAGGCCAACAUGCCCCGAGCCUUCCUCGUCAAGAAGGCUAACGUUUCGCCGGGAAAGCGGAACUGGAGCGAGCUCCCGGACGACGAACGAGGAGACGUCUAUGUCCCAGUAUCCAUCUUCCCCCCGUCCAUCCUGAUGGUGGAGGAUGAAGCGAGUCCAGCUGAGGCGGCGCCGCUCUGCCUGACAAAGCAGUCUGUCCCCGAGUGUCGCUCGCAUGCGGAGCUGCCGUCCUGCACGGUGCUGGGCCGGCCACAGAGCCCGGCGCCUACGGCGGAUGACAGUUCAGAGGUUGGCGCCAGGUCACAGGGCAGCUCUUCGUUUGUCCGCUCCAAAAUGAAGGUGACGACUGGAGAAUUGCCUCAUGAUCCUUUUCCUACAUCGCCAUCCCUUACAGUGCCGCACGCCACGCUGAUGUCCGUUGCCAUCACGACAGCCCCUGCUCCCAUUAAAUUUGCCUCCUCUGUGAUCCGAUCGUCAAGCGGGCUGAGGCCACCGUUUGUUUGUCAGAUUUGCCAGAAGACAUUCCAGUACCAGCGAAUGUUAAACAGACACAUGAAGUGUCACAACGAGACCAAGCGUCACCUAUGCAACUUCUGCGGCAAAGGAUUCAACGACACCUUUGACCUCAAGAGACACGUGCGCACACACACGGGAGUGCGGCCGUACAAGUGCGAGCUGUGCGACAAGGCCUUCACGCAGCGCUGCUCGCUGGAGUCACACAUGAAGAAGAUCCACAGCGUCACGCUGAAGUACGCCUAUAAGGAGCGCCGCAACAAGCUGUACGUGUGCGAGGAGUGCGGCCACACGGCAGCCACACAGGACGAGCUGUUACUGCACCUCCACUCGCUGCACCCCGACAGCGCCCUCUUGAAGGGGAAGGGGGGGCGGCGAGCGGGGAGCUCGGGAGGACCGGGAAUGAUCGGAGAGUUGGAAUCCGGACCGGGUUCCCCGCAAGGGGCCGACAGUGAUGACACAACGGGUUCAGCCGGCCAGUGAAAAAAGGGAAAAACGUUACUGACUUGUACGUGGGAUUGUGAUGGGACUGCUAACCUGCUUUUCUUGCUUUUACUGCAUGUGGGCCUUCUGUAAAGCAAAAUAGGACUUUUCUAUGAAUUGAUUCAUUAA